AGAAAAAGGAUAAACCUCUACCACCUAUUAUCCUUAAAAUACCUUUCGAUGAUGCUUUAUUUAAAAGAAAAAAUUACACCUCUAUUUUAAAUGAAGCCUUUGAAAGCUCCAUAAAUAAAGAAACUACCCAACGGCCACUUCUAUGCAUAACAAAUCAACCAUCCCUGGCUAAAUUAAUAAACGAAUUAGAUAAACUUAAAGAUUUAGAUUCUACUAGCCACGAAUAUAAAGAACUUUGUCUAAAUAUUGAAACCGAUAAUAUAAUACUUGAGAAUCUGUUAGAAGAAUAUACCAAUUUCAUUAAUAUUAAUACCAUUGAA